AUGUCUGGUCUCUUCGGUUCCAGCAGUUCUGCCGCGGCAACCUCGACCGUUGGCGACCUGAAGAACGAUGUCCCCGUCAACGACCCUCCUUCAGACACGGUGACGGACCUGGCCUUCGGUACCGAGAAGAAUCUCUUGGCAGUAUCCAGCUGGGACAAGAAGGUCCGCAUCUACGAGAUUAACGCUCAAGGCCAGAGCCAAGGCCGACACGUCUACGAACACACAGAUCCGGUCUUCAGUGUCGAUUUUUCCAAGGACGGCACGAAGAUUGUCUCAGCCGGCGCCGACAAGCAGGCCAAGUGCCUCGACAUCACCACCGGCCAGACAGCUCAGGUCGCUGCCCACGAUCAGACGAUCAAGUCCGCCAAGUUUUUCGACUCGCCGAACUCGAACGGGCCGAUGUUGGUGACUGGAUCAUGGGAUAAGACUGUCAAGUACUGGGAUCUGCGCACUUCCAACCCAGUCGGAACAGUACAAUGCCAGGAGCGCGUAUACUCCAUGGACGUCCGCAACAGCCUGCUCGUCAUUGGUACUGCCGACAGAUAUAUCAACGUGGUCAACCUUGCAGAUCCUCUCAAAUUCUACAAGACGCUCCAGAGUCCUCUGAAGUGGCAGACACGAGUGGUGAGCUGUUUCACCGACUCGACCGGUUUUGCCAUUGGCAGUAUCGAGGGUCGUUGUGCUAUCCAGUACGUGGAGGACAAGGACGCAGGAUCCAACUUCUCCUUCAAGUGCCACCGAGAUCCUGCUCAAGGCAACACGACCCAGGUCUAUGCGGUCAAUGAUAUUUCGUUCCACCCCGAGCACGGCACAUUCAGCACAGCUGGUAGCGAUGGCACUUUCCACUUCUGGGACAAGGAUGCCAAACACCGGCUCAAGGGGUAUCCAACAGUGGGUGGUUCGAUCACUGCCACCACUUUCAACACGAACGGGUCCAUCUUUGCCUAUGCGGUCGGAUAUGACUGGAGCAAAGGCUUCAAUGGCAACAACGCCAGCUACCCCAACAAGGUCAUGCUGCAUCCAGUACAAGGCGAUGAGUGCAAGCCCAGACCGAACAACAAGAAGAGGUAG